AUGAAGGACCCAAAAAGAAGUUUAAGGACUGGUUGGUUAAUAUCACUAAUUAGAAAGUACGAAUACGAGUUAAAUCCACAGUACCUCCCCCUCUGGCUACCGAUGGCUGAAGAUGAAAGAAGCUUGGUAGAACCCAUAAAAGGUUCCUCCUCCGACCCGAAUCCAUGUCCUAUUUGCUUAGGACCAAUAACUCAAGAUUCCUACUUGGACCAAUGUUUUCAUAAAUUUUGCUUUAAUUGCAUUGUACGAUGGACUAAUACAAUCGCUAGCAAGCACUCUCCUGGACCUUCAUCCUUGAAGUGUCCUCUGUGCAAGACUGAAAACUUAUCUAUCAUAUAUGGAUAUGAUGGAAGUUCAUUUCAACAGCAUUAUAUUAAUAGGGAUUUAAGGAAUAGUGAGUUCUUUUCAGAAGCUCACCGGUAUAGAUUGAAAUGCUACUACACUGAACCAGGAAAUUUAGCUGAUAAAUUAAACGUGUCAAGCUACUGGAAGUCGCUCAAGUAUCGUCAGCAGAAUCAUUGGCUACAUGACUGGUUGAGAAGGGAAAUUCAGGCUGUAACUCAGGAGGAAGAUGUAGAUAUUAUAGUUCAUCAUGUACUUGGUGUGAUCGACUCUUUCAGAAGAGAUGAGGUGAAACAUUCAAAUAUUUCUCCUGCGACGAAGCGAGAAGAGUUCAAAUUGUUGGUUUUUCAGGCAGUAGAACCUUUCUUGGUGGGUAGAUCAGAUAGGUUUGUGAAUGAGUUAGAACUAUUUCUGGCAUCAGGGCUCAAAAUCGACGCCUUUGACAGAGUUUAUAUCAAACAUUUACAUUGGAAAAUCCCAGAAAUAAGCGAGGAGGAGACAGAUGAAACGCCUGAACAUGAACCUGCAGUUCCAUAUUUAUACAUCCUUGAUCAAGAUUCUGAUGAUAAUUGA